AUUUAAACUAGUGAUGUGUUUGUAAGGAGGGAAUUGAUGGAAGGGCAAGGUGGGGAGGCCUUAAAGACUUAAAUUGGGUGUGUUUUGCGGAGCCAUCAGCGAGUACAGGCAGAGAAAGAAGACAAGAGAGAGAGCAGCAGCUUCUGUGCUUAGCAGCUGCAAGUCUGCUGCUUUUUGGCCAUGGCGGCGUUGCAGUGCUGUAAUUCUUUCUAUGCACACUAACUAUUACUCCUUCCUUCUUUAAUGCCCCACCCAUCCAUCCAUCUACUUCCCCUAGAUCAGAUCGAUUAUCGCAACAGAGAAAGAAACAAAGAAAGACCCAUACUUGAAUUGCUUCCCUUUCUCUGAUUAAUCACUCUCCAUCGCCAAAAAAGUCUUUCCCCAUCGCUGCUGCUUUAAUUUGUCUGUCCAUUGAUUUAAAGAAAGCUGCAAAUUUCAUCCCUUCCUUAAUUGUCCUGACCCGUACUUAACACACCACACGCACACUCUACUGUGCUCUCAUCUUUCCUUCUUUUAAUUUGCCAGAAAAAGAAAUAAAAAUGGAGUCUUUUGGUUCUUGAUCCGGCCAUCAAGAAUCGAGCGGCCGGCCGGCCUUAUGGAUUGUAACUCCCGAUUUCACUCGGAAGACAAAUGGCUGGCUUCUUUUCACUAGGCGGAGGCGGCAGUGGAGGCGGAGGUGGAGGCGGAGGAGGAAGAGCCGCCUCGACCCACAACGGCACGCAACAGCAGAACAGCAGUAAUCAUACCCACGGCGGUUCCGGCGCCCAAAUCAGCCCGGACAACUGGUUUCUCUUCCGAAAUGACCAAGAAAUUCCCCCGGCUUACAAGGGUUUCGAGCUAUGGCAAGAUCAGCCCUCUAUCCGGCACCACCACCAAAUCAAUCCCCUCCAAGAUCUCUACUCUUCCGCCGCCGGAAUCUCAAGAAACGCCGGCAUCCUCAACGCGUCCACCUCCGCGGUGGCCCCGGACGAGGAGCACUCCAGAUCGGCGGCGGCGUUGGUGAUGAUGAGUGGCGCUGCCGGCGGUGGGAUCAGCUGCCAGGACUGCGGGAACCAGGCCAAGAAAGACUGCUCGCACAUGAGGUGCCGGACGUGCUGCCGGAGCCGGGGAUACCAGUGCCACACCCACGUGAAGAGUACUUGGGUCCCGGCGGCGAGGCGCCGCGAAAGGCAGCAACAGCAACAGCUCUCCUCGUCCUCCGCCGCCUCUCAGAGCCAAGAGACGCCGCUUCAGCUUCACGGCGGCAGAGAAACAACACCUAAACGGCAGAGGGAAGAUCCCAACGCUUCCACCCUGGCCUGCUCACGUUUGCCCUCCGCCAUUUCCGGGUUAGAGAUGGGGAAUUUUCCGGCGAAAGUGAGGUUAUAUGCGGCGUUCCACUGCGUUCGGAUGAGGUCCGUCGACGACUCCGAGGAUCAAUGCGCGUACCGGACAGCUGUGAACAUCGGCGGCCAUGUUUUCAAGGGAAUCUUGUACGACCAAGGGCCGGAAAGCCAGUACAUGACGGCGGGGGAGAGCUCGUCAGGCGGCAGCGCAGGCGGUAUGCAGACAACGCAACACAAUUUGCUGUCAUCGGGCGGCGGCGGCGGCGGCGGUGCAGCUGCCACUGCCACUUCAGCGAGUGCCAGUGGAGGAGGCGGCGAUGGGCAGCCGUUGUUCGACCAAUCGCCGUUGUUCUCGUCGGCUCCGCUUUGCACAUUCAUGGCUGGUACGCAAUUCUUCCCACCUCCAAGAUCUUGAUGAGACUGACUCGAUGACAAGUGUUGUUUGGUCGUCCUAUAUUCUCCUUUGUCUUCAGAAGAAAGAAUAGUUCUGCCAAACACAAACAUGGUUAUAAAUUUAGUAUUUAGGAUUGACAACCAUGAAACAAAAAGAAUGUCACGGGGGGUUUGUUCAAUUUUCUAUAUGUUAAAUUAAAGCUGAAAUAUAUUGUUAUUUUUAUUUUAUUUCUUUGUGAAGUAUUAUAUCGUACAAGAGGGCUGAUGUUCCUGUACCAAAUUUUUUGCUGGUUUUCUUCUUUGCUUUACUUUCUUAUUCUUAUGAUCAUCAAUAAGAACACAGUUUUGAUCUCUAUUCUAUCUUUACAUUAUGG